GUGGAGGACCUGGCCUCCCUGCCCUGGGAGACCUUGUGGCAGAAGCUGGAGGCUCAAGGAUGGCAGAUCGAGCACGGGCCUCGUGGGAAGGGCCGCCAGGCCUACUACUUGCCCCCCGGCGUCAAGCGUGGUCCAGGCAAGAAGAACCGCGUGGACUACUUCGACUCCAGGAAGCUGGUGUUGCAGCUGCUCUCUUGCAAGGAUGGAGGCGACACGGAGGCAAGCGCUGCAGAAGCGCCCGAGCAGUGA